UGAAGACGUCAGCAGAAUAAAGUCAUUCAGAAUCACUGAAGGUGUACAGGAUAAAAGGGCCGGUUUUCUCAUCACCUAAGAUGGCAACCAGGAGGGACCACGAAAAUGCAAAAAUGCCGUAUUUCUGCAAGUACUCACACUGGAGUUAACCACCUGAGGGACACAUGAGGUGGUUUUGUGAAGAUAUUGUCCAAUAACUGGUGAUUUAAUAGGCCGUACAUUUGAAAAUAAUUUAAGGCCUACACAUUCACAGCCUAUAUUUUCUUGGCUGUAAUAAUGAUGUCAUAAAAUAUGAGUUCGUUUUUACAAAAAUAUAGCAAUGUGUUUUAUGUCAACGACAACGUGAACUGUGUUCAAAAAUGGACCUUUAAUUACGCAUUCUUAACUCACCUACGCCUCACUGAAUAACAGGUGCCUGCUAUCUGUCAAAGCAGGAUCAACCAACCUGUGUGCCCUUUGCUACAACUUGUUACUUUCCAUUGGCCUACACGAGUCGCUAAAGGGAUCACAUCAUUCACUGGGAACUGAAUUUACACCCUCCUCAAAAUGGAGUUUGCCAUGAUAGGUUCAGAUAAUGGAUGCAAAACUCGACUGCCUUACGGGUAUGCUCGCGCACGGGAAAGGGAGCACGAAAGGGAGAGACAGGUACAACAGGCAACAGCCGCUGCUGAAGGUGCAGCAAUUGGAGAGGGAGGGGAGUCCUCUGGCCAUCUCCUUAACAACCACCAGCAGCAUCAGUCUCGCACCGCCUCCUCAUCAAAUGCCAACAACAGUAGCGGCAGUACCGUCUCGCGCCCCUCCUCCUCGCAACAGCCACAGCAGCACCACCAUGAGUCUGAGCAGCAGGUUCUCAGAGAAAGGAAAAAGCAACGCGGCGUAGGACGUUGGAGAAGGAGUCGCCAGACUCUCGGUGGGGACUUGCGCCACUCGGAGUUGGCGCUACUUGGAUCCGAGGAGGAUAUGAUAGAGGAGGACGAGGCGGAAGGCGGAGAAGAGGAGGACGGGGGAAGCAAGAGUUCCAGUUUUCUCUGUAAUAUGGAUGAUGAAGAGACUGUCUCACUCACAGAUAGACGUCCCCAAUCAGGAUACGAACAUGUUUACAGUGAAUAUGGGUGCUGUGAAAGAGUUGUUAUUAAUGUGUCCGGACUAAAGUUUGAAACUCAACUUAAGACUCUCACACAGUUUCCUGACACUCUUUUGGGAGACCCGGACAAACGAAUCAGGUACUUCGACCCUCUAAGGAACGAAUAUUUUUUUGACAGGAACCGACCAAGCUUCGAUGCCAUUCUUUAUUAUUACCAGUCGGGGGGACGAUUGAAGAGACCGCAAAAUGUACCUUUUGACAUCUUCUCUGAGGAGGUGAAAUUCUAUGAACUUGGGGAGGAGGCAAUGCUGAAGUUUCGGGAGGAUGAGGGUUUUGUCAAAGAGGAAGAGAAACCCUUACCAGAGGACGAGUUCAAACGCCAAGUUUGGCUUCUUUUUGAAUACCCAGAGAGCUCACAACCUGCGAGAGGGAUUGCAGUCGUGUCCGUUUUAGUCAUUGUUAUAUCAAUAGUCAUUUUCUGUAUGGAAACGUUGCCAGAGUUCAGGGACGAAAAAGAAUACCUUAAACCACGAGAUAAUUCGACAGAACCCCAUGGACAGACCCCUUUUAACGACCCAUUUUUCAUUGUGGAGACGGUAUGCAUUAUUUGGUUUUCAUUUGAGAUUAUUGUGCGCUUCUUUGCAAGUCCAAGUAAAACGGAUUUCUUUAAAAACAUUAUGAAUACUAUAGACAUCGUAUCCAUUUUGCCUUAUUUCAUCACGCUCGGCACAGAUCUUGCUCAACAGCAAGGCAAAGGGGACCAGGCAAUGAGUUUUGCAAUCUUGAGAAUAAUCCGCCUUGUCAGAGUCUUUCGCAUAUUUAAACUCUCCAGGCACUCCAAAGGACUGCAGAUCCUCGGACAUACCCUCCGCGCCAGUAUGAGGGAACUAGCGCUUCUGAUUUUCUUCCUCGUUAUUGGUGUCAUUUUGUUCUCAAGUGCAGUGUACUUCGCCGAGGCAGACGAACCCGCGUCUCAAUUCACAAGUAUUCCCGACGCUUUUUGGUGGGCUGUCGUCACUAUGACCACGGUCGGAUAUGGAGACAUGAAACCAAUAACUGUCGGUGGGAAGAUAGUUGGCUCGCUCUGUGCCAUAGCGGGUGUGUUAACCAUAGCUCUUCCAGUGCCCGUCAUUGUAUCCAACUUCAAUUACUUCUACCACAGGGAGACUGAUAAUGAAGCAGACUCGCCACCCGUUGUUGAAACCCCACCACCUGCCUGCCCCUAUUUCCCCAACUUUCUAAAAAAAUGUAAAGGUUCCCCCUCAGGCUCUUCGCUGGGUGAUAAAGCGGAGUACAUGGAGAUGGAAGAGGGGGUAACGGAGUCGCUUUGUGGGGUGGACAAAAGCCCGAGUAAAGGAAAUGGGACAGACAUUGGCAGGAAAAACAGUACAUGUUCAAGGUCACAACAGACUGAUGUGUGAUGACAAAAACAAAUAUUAUUCCCGUGAAGAAAGAUAUGCUAUCAAAUCACACACACAUAGGUGGUCAGACUCAUACAAGUGCGCACUUGCACACAGACAGACAGACGCACACAGACAGACGCACACAUACUUUAUAUUUAGCUAGAUUUUGGGAAGUUCAAAUAUGGGUUUUUAUUUUGCCAUGUUAGAGGAAUAUAGGCCUACGGGAAAAUAUACGUCCAAAUCAAAAGCUUUAUAACUAUUUUCACCAAUGUAAUCCGAUGAUAUCAGAUAUAGGCUACCUAUCUGGGCCUCGUAAUCCUACAAAGGAAAUCGAAAAUAUUGAAUAGACAGGCUAUGCAUACGCACUUUAUGAGUUUCAUUUGUCAAUAAUGGAAGGGGAGAUAUAGAUGUCGUUUUGCUGUUAUGCGAUAAAGGCAACGUUUAUAGUAGGCCUAGUUUGCACUAUUGUAAAAGCUUGUUUGAGUCGCUGACUUUCAAGAGAGAUAGACUUGGAAGUUAUGUUGAGAGACAGAAACUGUAGGCCAUAUGGCAACCUAUACACCCUUCGUUUGACUAAAGAGUAUUGAGAUAUUUUAUUUUAUUAUGAACAAUAAUCCAUUUUUAUUGCGUUUCAGUGUAGGUCUAACCCAUCUGUGUACACACAAAAAAAUGAACAUUCAAUAUCGAUCGGAAACAUUGAAAUAGCUAAAUCAUGUGUGAGAUUCUUGAGUAAAUGAGCAUGAUACCUAUUUCGGCAGCACACUGCGGUCAACAAGGGAGACGCUUGGCAAACAACAUUCUCUGCAACGCUUAGGCCUAAAUAAAGCCUUUUAUUGACCAACCACCGAGGUGAAGCACAAGAAUUACAAUAGAUACUCUGCAGACUGACAUGAGAAAUUGCUCCACACGGGCUGUCACGGGAGGUCCUGCACGGAUAUGUUGCGCGACUACAACCCCGUCCCUUUAAAACCACCUCAAACUAACUGACAAUAUCCCUUUACACGGACGUUGACUGAAACCAACAUGGGAAACAAACGACUGUCAUCAUGGAAACUUUGGGUUUGUGAACUUUAUCUCUUGUUCGCUGGACCUAGUGCACCGGUUCUCUAAUAUAAGAAUGAAAGGAAGGUCUGUUGGUCAUCCCAGAAAGCACCAAGAUCUCCAGCAGGCGGUUAUUUUCAAGUUCUAUCAGUUGAUGGCUUAGGAGAGGAUGUGCUGGCUGGUACUCUUGGAAUUGGCAGAGAAAGAGCAAAUAUUAUGACUGGUCAUCUGGGGUGAGACAACGGACAUCGAUAACCACAGAUCUACUGCAAGAGUGAACCCAGCGAUCGGACAUCAGAAGUUUGAAUGGACAAAUUAGACAUUGGGAUAUUAUACGGAGCGCACAAGGAACAAAAUAUUUCCUAGAAAGCCUGGAGGCAUGGAAAUGAGUAAGUCAUGGCCCAAAUGAUUGCCUUAAUUAUUACAUAUAUACCCAUAUAUGAAGUGAUGAAACUAGAGACUUAUCCGAGUUCAAAUAUGUUUUUCUUUAUGUGUGAAACAGUGUCUUGUAAGGAACAGAUGUGAAUAUUUUAAUAAGAUAGAGAAAAAUUGUUUGGUUGUAAUGUUGACAAUGUUUUAGUUGGGUCUGCUUUGUAGUUGUCAUUGAUAACCAAAUGGUGGAGUUUCUCUCUGCUUACGUGCAGCAAGCAGAAUGAGUUGAUCUAUUUUUAUCUUGUUUCGUAUUGUCAACCAAAAUAAGGCUGGCUUGAGGCGGAGCUGCUCGCUCAGCUACCAGCUACAAUGUCUUUCAAUUCACAACAUCAUGUUAUGACAACUAUAUUACAAUUCAGAAAGGAGUAGGGAGUCAAAAAACGAGACAAAAUGACUCUACAAUAUACAUGAAACAUAUCUGAUUAUUUUUGUCCUCUUUUUUUCACAUACUGUAAGCAUCUGUUCACACACUCUCAAACACAAAAGAUGUCAGGUGCGCAUACACACACACACACACACACACACAGAAUGAUCUACCGAAGGGACACAAAAGGGUUUUCCCUAAGAUGCAAAUUUUAUUAUGUUAGUGAUAUAAUUGACCAGCUGCUUUGUUGACACAAACCUCGAUCCAUUUAAAGUUAACUGUAUGCAAAGUAACAUGGAUGUGUGUUAUAUAUUUUUUUAAACCUAGCCUUGACUAUUACUUAACCAAAGUUUAAACCCUGAUUUUAUUGUACGUGGUGUACACUUCCUCUGGAGAUGUUGUGAAAAUAGAUACACAUUGAAUAGAACAUAUGCCGAUGUUUAUAUUUCUGUGUCCAACAAUGUGUCGCAAAUCAUGACAUUUGAGACAAUUCUACUUAGUUUGACUGUUAAGAAUGUUCAUUUUUAUUUACAUGAACAUUGAACAUGUUGUGGAUGCUGCUCCAACAAGAUCUGUGAUUUUGCCCUUCAAUUUAGAUUUGAGAUUUUUCAAUUGAGUUUCUUAUUGUGCUGUUCUCAUAUAACUGCUCAUAGAAAAUCCGCCCGCUCUCUUUUGGUCUGCUUUCAAAGACACAUAGUUGUAUGCACUGCUUGCUUGUUGCAACUUUGUCAGACAAAUCAAGUGUUUGCUUUUUUUAAAAACAUAAAUGCCAGCUUAUGUUUAAGCCCAUCCUUCUUACGUUCAGUCACCAGCCAAGAACUUAGUAAUUCUCGCUCCUGGGCGUGCUGUCUAUUAUUGUGAUGUCGGCCCAUGAUGACCGUGCUUCAGGGCACCAACAACACCAGAGUCCUUUAUUCUUUUUAUGUUAUUGAAAGGGGUGGAACCUAAUAUUAUGUACAGUAUUAUUGACAUAGACAAUGGACUGCAUUUCUAUUCUCUUCCUUAAAAAGAAAACAUACAUAUUUCAUUGUACUGUCUGAAAAGACAUAGAACACUUGAAUCUGGAGAUGAAAAGUGCUCUCAUAUCAGUGUCUGUUCUUCAUCUGCUUACAUAAAAAAAAUCCUAAUUAUACCCCCCCACCACCACUACUCCAUAUACAUGUAUAUCCUUAUUGGUUACGCUAUAUUCCUCUAUUACAAAAUAGUUGACGGUCUGUGGUCAAGAUUUUCCUCAAUGUUCAGAAAACCCUAUCAAAUAUACCAUGCUACCCUCUGCUAAAAUGUACUUUGUUAUCAAAUUCUUUAAGCAUCACUGGUUAUUUACCAGUGAUUGCAGAACAAGUAUGUGCUGUUUAUUCCCUGAUCCCAUAGUCCCAUUGUUUUAAAAUGUUGAAGCAAACACAACACCCAUGCACAUUCUGAUAAUCGAUGUCUGUCAAAGUGUAAUAGUUUAAGGCUAAAUCCCUCAGCAGUUAAUGGUAUCAUUUAGGUGUGUGCCUAGCAAGAAGUUGUUGUGUCUUACCAUAGUUAAGCUAAAAUACUCUGGAUUCCCAAAAUGUAGUUGAAUAAGCAGUGACUUAAGGGAAAACAAAGAGAAAGAGGUAUCUUUCAAAAAUCAAGUUUUCUAGGAUAUUACAAUGUUUCUAUACUGUUAGAUACUGUUAGCAAAGCUGACCUUCUCCCUAGUUAUAUACCCAAUCCGUAGUAUAACUCUGAAGGGAUGGCUUCUUUUGACAAUAUCAAUCAGUGUUAUGUCCCGGCCUAAAGCACUACGCAUAAUGAUGAGACUGUAAAAAAAAUAAUACAAAAAGCCAUUCUAAGUCAUCCGUAUAGCCUGUGUAGCCUCAAGACCACAACAAUGAUAUUUGACUACAUUAUGGUAACAUAUUAUGGUGAUGGAUGGACUGUGAUUGGACUGAACUGAAAAGACAAAGUCAAUGAAAAGGCUUUUCACAAUGCCCUAAUAUCAAAGAUGGGGCUUAGCCCUGCCCACAGUAUCUAGACGCAUCUUUAGUAUAGACAUGAGGCCUGCUUCAAGGUGUGCCUAGUUACAGUGAAAAGGUCCAGAAAAUUGACAACUAUAGCUGGUCUGUCUUUGAACACUAACCUGUUGUUCACGCGAAGUGUCUCAAGAGUGCUGAUCUAGGAUCAGUUCCCCUGUCCAGUUUAUCUUAUUCAUUGUUGAUCUAAAAGGCAAAACCGAUCCUUUAUCGGCACUCCUACUCUGACAUGCUUGAUACAUACGGCCCCAAAUAUAACAAACAUAUACAAAUCAAAUCAAGUUCACAACUUGAAAAUCAUUAUAAUGACAUGUUUAACUAUUGUGUACAUUUUAAAGUUGUGCCUUCUUGGGAAUAGAUUGGGUAGCUACUAAGGGUCCAUUGUAUAUAUGAAUAUAACAUACAUAAACAAAUCAAAUCAAAAGUUUUGUCACACUCUUCGUAGACAACAGGUGUUGACUAACAGUGAAAUGCUUACUUAGGCGUUCAUUUCCAACAAUGCAGUUAAAGAUUUAAAAAAAUGUAAUACAACAUUUAAAUAGUGACACAAGGAAUAAAUACACAGUGAAUAACAAAUAAAAACAACAUGGCUAUAUACAGGGAGUACCUGUACCGAGUCGAUGUGCAGAGGUACAAGGUAAUUGAGGUAGGUAUGUGCUGUACAUAUAGGUAGGGUUAAAGUGAUUAGGCAACAGGAUAGAUAAUACACAGUAGCAGCAGUGUGUGUGUGUGUGUGUGUGUGUGUGUGUGUGUGUGUGUGUGUGUGUGUGUGUGUGUGUGUGUGUGUGUGUGUGUGUGUGUGUGUGUGUGUGUGUGUGUGUGUGUGUGUGUGUGUGUGUGUGUGUGUGUGUGUGUGUGUGUGUGUGUGUGUGUGUGUGUGUGUGUGUGUGUGUGUGUGUGUGUGUGUGUGUGUGUGUGUGUGUGUGUGUGUGUGUGUGUGUGUGAGUUGCGUCAAUAUACAUGUGCGUACAUGUUAUGUGUUUGUGGGCGUACGUAGGGAGUGUGUGUGUGUGUGUGUGUAUGUUUUUGGUUACAGUAAUAUGUUUCAGCCAUGGAAUCAUUGUACCAUCACGAAGUACGUUUGCCAUGAACAUCCACAUGGAAAUGACAAUUUUCUGUUAAAAUGUAACUAAAUGUUAAUGCUGUCCGAGUAUGUGUGUGUAUUUGAACCAUUCAUUUUCAUGAACACUGGAGGGUCAUUAAGGGAGCAAAAUCAAAAUAGAACUGUCUCUUAAAGUUGAUAUUAAAACAACUCCGUAGAAGUGUAUUUCAGGAUGUUAUAAUAUUCCUACAGUCCAAAUGUGAUAAAAUACCGAUGUUUUGGUCAGCCUAGCUUUUUUUCUGCAUGUUUCUUUGUUUUUGAAAAGUGCAUCCUAAUUGGAGAUGUUUUGUAUUUUUUUUCUUGCAGUUACUUCUUCUCUCUGUACUAUCUUUUUGAGCUCGUCAUUUCCUACCCUUAUUUUUUUAUUUUAUUUGUUAUUUUUAUUUAGGUAAAUCUUCAGACUUUUGGAUUUUCUACAUCAAUAUCAUUUUUGUAGGCAGCAAUAUGAGAUGUCAUCGAACGGAGUAUGUGCAAUGUUGAAUAAAGAAAAAUAUAAUAUAUGAAAUAACAUCUUGCGAGAGUGACUUGAAGGGAUUGCAACAACAUGAUCUAUGAAUGGUAUUCAUAUGUCACCUCAUAAUUUACUGGUUAUGCCCUUAUGCAAGAAGCACCUGUUGGACAUGUUUUGCAGGGUUCAAGAUGUAGAAUUUUACAGUAAUAGGACCCAUGUUGGCACCAAAAGUUCUAAAACAAUGACAUAGGAUUCCAAUGUGUACAUCAUUGAGGAGCACUUCAUCAUCAAGAGCAUUGCUUGACCAGUACAACAAUAUUACAAAUCCUAAAGACGCAUAUGGCAGUUACAAUAAAUAAGGACUUUCUGAAUUCAAUUUGGAAUAAGAUGUUCCCAUAAAAAAUGUUUAUUGUUGCCGUAGGCAUUCUGUGACUCAUCACAGUUUUUCCAAAUUUGGAAACGGAGCGUCACCCAGGGUCUUUUAGAAUGUUCCAAGCUUUCUUACAUCUGUCACCCAGUUGCCUCGAUGGCUUCCCAAUAACCAGACAUAUUCUGUAUAAACUUCUCUUGACAAUUUUCUUUUACUCUGAACUCAUCAUUUGAAAGACCUUGUACACCAUUGCUAAAAUGUGUUAGUCCACAACAAUGUCCUCAAAAAAAAUCUUAAGAGCUGCAUGGAUUUCUCGAGACUAUAACCAGUGUAGCCUCGUUGCGAAACAGGCUUCCCGAAAACAGUAAACCUGGGGAAGUUCCAUGGCAGAAAUGAGCUAAAGAGGGGUCAAACUAUGCCAAACCAAUCAAAUGCCUUGCUUGGGCUGAGCUCCAAAGGUGCACACCAGAAUAGUACAGUGAGGACUAAAGAUGUCUACUAAACAAGCAAUGGUGACAAAACACUUUACAAUGUUUGCAGCACGCUGGUUUUCACGGCAUUUCUCUUUUAUUUUGAGAUGAGCCAAAGCUGCAGCAAGAGGGGAGAAAUGAUCUACAAUGCCGACCAUAUCAAUAUAUAUAUCAAUUAUGCUUCUGGAGUGAUAUUUGGCUGUGCAGGCUAGCAUGAGGGACAGGAAGUAGCUAGCCACAAGGAAGUUCAUUUUGAGAAAAGUCAGCUAACCUUGUAAGCUACCUAGGUGUAACUAGCUACCGUUAGCUACUAGCUAGUUCAAUUUCUCUCACGUGUAGAAAGCCAUUACAUUUUUUUUAAACAGCAUGUUACUGACCUAAAAGGUUAUCUGUGAACCCAGUAUCUAGCUUAUCCAGGGUCAGUGAUAGGACUACAUAGAGCAACCAUGUACUGUCUAUCUCCCUCAAAACUCAACUCUGCAACCUGGAAGCCAGUUCCACUGCUUUUUUCUUUGUUCCCCUGCAAUCAGGGACUGAUUUAGACCUGGGACACCAGGUGGAUGCAAUUAAUUAUCAGGUGGAACAGAAAACCAGCAGACUCAGGACCUUGUAGGGUACGAGUUGAAUGCCCCUGGUCUAUCUACUAUGGGAACAACGGCAACCCUUUUGCAACCAAAAUGGUUAACAUUUAUAAAAUUAAAUGAAACCUCAUAAUAUGUUACCUGUAAUGACAAUCUCCUGUAGCCAAAUUGUCAUCUCUUUAUUUUCAUACUGUACCUAAAUUACAAGGGUUGGAUUUGUACAAAACAAUUGUAUAUGUCAGCACUUACAAGGCAUGUGCAAAAUCUGGUAUAUGGUUUGCCUCAUAUACAGUGUCUGCUGGUAUCAUUUUAAAUUGAGAACAUAUAGCUCAACAUGUAAAGUUGAGCUAUUCUCUGUUUCAGAUGACAGGUCCCCAUGAGGCCAGUAACGCCACCAUACUGUAGGCCUAUGGCUGCAUUGGCGAUGCAUGCCAUAUGAUAAGCUGCUUGUAACGGCUCUCUUCUAUCUCCUCCUCUGACGAAGAGGUAGAACAAGGAUCGGACCAAAAUGCAGCGUGAU